AUGCCUAAAUACGCUCUAAUUACUGGUGCAUCAUCAGGAAUCGGCUACUCAAUGGCCAUUGCACUCCACAAACGUGGAUAUAGAAUCAUUGGCAUUGCGCCUGAACAAUUCCUCUGGGAAAUGAAACCGUUGGAACAGCAGAUCGGCCUCAUCCCGGUGGCUUGCGAUAUCAGUGAUUUGGACCAGGUCAAAACCGCAGCCGCAAAAGUCAAGGAGAUAACUGGCAACAGAUUGGAUAUCUUAUACAACAACGCUGGAAUCUGUCCAGUUGGUGGGCCUGCAAUUGAUGCUGAUGAUCUUGCAGUCAAAAAAAUUAUGGACGUGAACGUCGUGGGUCACAUGUACAUGACCAAAUACUGUUCUGAAAUGGUCAUUGAGGCUGCUGGAACAAUCAUAUUUACAUCUUCUGUUGCCGCUCGUGUUCCCCUUUCUUGGAUUUCCGUUUAUUGUGCUACCAAGGCGGCAAUAGAUCAGUAUGCGCUUGUUUUGAGGAGCGAAAUGAAGCCUUUCGGUGUGAAGGUUCAUAGUGUUAUUACUGGAGGCGUAAACACCGGUAUUGGUGAUAGUGCGCUGAGCUCCGGUCUUAGACUGCCAUACUUUGAUGUGGAUGCGGUUCGUGACAGUAUGUCUUGUGCAGCCGAUAUGAGUCGAAACCCUAGGACAACUAUCACCCCUGACCAAUAUGCCGAGGGAGUUGCCAAUAAGAUUUGCAAACGUCGCGAUGUUGGCUUCAAUAUAUAUGCUGGUUGGGGUGCGUACCUUUUGCAUUAUCUCCGGUGGUAUUGUCCAGUGUGGUUGAUGACAUUGUUUAUACAAAUCCAUUUCAAACAAAGGCGAGCACUAUCACAAGUACGCCAGCUGUUCUUGCAAAGGAAGAAAAUGAACUAG